GCUUUUUUUAAAAUAUUUUUUAUUUCAUUUCACAUAAAAAACGAACAAUAUUCUGAUAAAAAAUGCUUUUUUAUCUUAUCUGUUUUGCGUUAUUGGUGAAAGAGACUGAUAAGGGUUACAUUUUCGACAUUGUGUGAUAAUGCGUCAGAUUAAAAUUGAAAAAGUCAGUGAGCUAUUUCCCCCUUCAGUGUACAUUAGAUUGUUUUGAAAUUUAGUAACGAGUUAAAAUAUGUCUUCAGCAGAAGAACACGGAUUUAUGUACGUUUGGAAUAUUAAACAUUUUUGUAGGCUUAUGGAAUCAGAAACCAAUGAUGUAAUAAGCAGCCCCUCGUUUAAAAUUGAAUUUUUAAAAGAAACUGAAUGGAAUCUGACAUUAAUAAAAGUGUCUAAAAUGCUAUUUUGUCAAAUUAAGCGAGAGAGCUGCAGUAAAAUUCGAGAACGCAUUUCAGUAGACUAUCAAUAUGAGCUAACAACUUCUGCUGGUGUUAUUGUAAAAACGUCUGAUAUAUUAAGUGAUACAUUUAGUGAUCUGUCGAAAAUAUACAAAUUAAUUUAAUUGAAUGACGGCAACAAGCGUGAAGGUGUCAGCCUGCGAUGCCGUAUGAUAAUACCUUGCAUAAUUCCGUCAAUGAUCUCAAGUCCACCUUCUGUUGUCGGUUGGGAAGCUGAAACAGACAUUGUGGCAGCUAGUUACCCUUUUGAGUGGUCCUUAAUGUUUUCCGGUGAUAGUGACUGGACAGCUGUAGAAAGAGCAACUAUAGAAAAUAUAGCAAUUGAUGUUCAAUUUAAAUAUGUUGAGCAUGAGCUUAAGAUUAAACUAAUUCCCAAAAUUGUUGAUAAUAAAUUUCACACUAUGUGGUGCAAAAUGAAUUUAAAAGUAAAUGGAAAAUUAGCAGACGUGAUUUUUGGAUAUCACAAAUUUACAUUUAGUAGCACAACUAGAGAAUUCGAGUUUUCCCAUUCUGUUAAUAAAUCCCUCUUGGAAAAAGUAAAUUGCUUUAUUCAUAAAAGACUUAAUAUGGAAGUGAAAUUCGAGUAUUCAGAUAAAGCUUCAAUCACAGAGGUAAAGAGCUUUACAAAAAAUUUCACAACUGCUAAGCACGCUGCUUUAUCUCAAAAUAAGGAUGAUUCAGACAGCAUAUUGUAUCUACAGCAGCAUCUCAGGAACAUGCUGGAUGAAAAACACUACGCCGACGUGAAACUGCGUGCUGGUGAUGAGGUUAUCUUUGCUCACAAAUGCUUACUGGCUAGUCGAUCGCCAGUAUUCAAGGCUAUGCUUGAUCAAGAGAUGCCAGAAAGCAAAACUAACACUAUUGAUAUACGUGAUGUUGAAGCAAAGAUCCUGAAAUAUUUUUUGGAGUAUAUCUACACUGGAACAGUGAAUGACUUGAACGAUGAAACUGCUUUGAACCUACUGGUCGUUGCAGAUAAAUAUCAGGUUUCCCCUUUGACUGAGAAGUGUUCGACAUUCCUAAAGUCAGUUUUUAGCUUUGACAAUAUACUGGAUAUACUACUGGUAGCAGACAUGGUAAAUCAAGAACAACUGAAAGUAUUUUCUUUGGAGUACAUCGUAGAAAACUCUACACAAGUUUUGUCUACAGUGAACUGGCCACAAUGGAUGAAAAUGAAUCGCACAUUGACAUCUGAAAUAUUUCUUAGGCUCUCCAAAAAGUUUGAUUCGACUACUAAUUGCAAUAAGGCUUAAGAAGAUGACCAACCUUUGACCUUUUGACCAGCUUCAUGAAUGCCUUCUUAAAAUGUCUUUUUCAUUCGAGUUAGUUAUACAAAGAACUGGAUUGAAGCAAAGUCUGCUCAUAAAAACAGAAAGCAGAAAUUGUUUUUAUUUCUUACUUUUCAUUCACGUUUUAAAGCUAAUUGUUUUAUUGCAAACUAAAAUUGAAAUAGAAAGUCAAUUUUAGAAAAUUUAUUAAAUUAUAAAUUUAUUAGUAUGCUCUGGUUAUAUCUUAAAACAUUUUGCUUAUUUUCCAGAUAUGUUUUCAAUUCUCAAGCUAUGUAACGCAGCAAAAAUAAAUUGUUUGAUUUUUA